GGCGCGGGCACGCCCAUGGACGCCGCCAUCCGCAGGCCGUCGCUGGCCGCCGUGGCCGAGCGGGGCUCCUGGGGCUCGCGCUGGGAGUUCCUGCUGUCCUGCGUCGGGCUGUCCGUGGGCAUCGGCAACGUGUGGCGCUUCCCCUACCUGGCCUACCAGAACGGCGGCGGUGCCUUCCUCAUCCCCUACCUCAUCAUGAUGGCCCUGGCCGGCAAGCCCAUGUACUUCCUGGAGCUGGCCAUGGGGCAGUUCGGCGGCGUGGGGCCGCUGGCCAUGUGGAACUGCUGCCCGAUCGCCAAAGGUGUCGGCUGCGCCAUGGUGACCGUGUCGCUGGUGGUGUGCAUCUACUACAACGUCAUCAUGUCGUACACGGUGUACUACAUGGUGGCGUCCUUCGCCUCCGAGGUGCCCUGGUCCAAGUGCGACCCCGCCUGGGCGGACAUGGCGACCUGCUACGUCCGGAACACUGAGGUAGGCGUUGGCUCGGCUUGGUCGACACAUCGAAACGAAGCGAUAGCGAAGGGAACGAGCAAAGAUUGCGUUUGUCUGCGGCAGGGCACGAACGGCACCAACACCACGACGGGCCGCAACCCCAACGAGACCGCGGGCAAGGAGACCGCCAGUCUGCAGUACUGGGAGCGGCAUGUGCUGCACCUCUCCGACGGCAUCGAGAACAUGGGCCCCGUGAAGGGGGACCUGGCCGCCUGCCUGCUGUUCUCGUGGUGCAUCGUGGUGAUGUGCCUGGUGAAGGGCAUCAAGACCUCCGGCAAGGUGGUGUACUUCGCAGCCACCUUCCCCUACGUCAUCCUGUUCACGCUGCUCAUCACGGGGCUGUGCCAGGAGGGCGCCUGGUCCGGCGUGGCCUACUUCCUCAUGCCGACCUGGAACAAGCUGCUCGACAUCCAGGUGUGGCAGGCCGCCGCCGGACAGAUGUUCUUCUCGCUCAGCGUGUCCAUGGGGGGGCUCAUCAUGUACUCCAGCUACAACGACUUCAGGAACAACGUAUACAGGGACGCGCUGGUGGUGAGCGUGAUGGACACGCUCACGUCCAUCAUCUCGGGCACCGUUACGUUCAGCAUCCUGGGCGCCAUGGCGCACGACCUCGGCGUGCCCAUCCAGGAGGUGGUCAAGGAGGGCCCCGGGCUGGCCUUCGUCGCGUACCCCGAGGCGCUGCUGCGGCUGCCCUUCCCGCAGCUCUGGGCCGUGCUGUUCUUCCUCAUGCUCUUCGUCCUCGGCCUGGACAGCGAGUUCGCCCUGCUGGAGAACGUCCUGACCAGCAUUUCGGACGAGUUCACCGUGCUGCGCACGCACAAGCUCAUGUUCUGCAUCGGCACUGCCCUCUUCUGCUACGUCGUAGGCCUCUCCUGCAUCACCCAUGGAGGCAACUACGUCCUCACGCUCAUGGACGUCUACGGCGGUGGCAUUGCAGUUCUCUUCAUCGCCAUCGUCGAAUGCUGCAGCUUAGUCUGGAUUUAUGGUUUGAACCGGCUUUGCGGGGACCUUGAGUUCAUGCUGGGUUACAAGCCUGGCUUUUACUGGAGGAUAACGUGGGGCUUCUUCGCCCCGAUCAUCCUUUCUGUGAUCUUUAUUUAUUCACUGGUGGACUACAAACCUCUGAAAUACGAGGACUACGACUACCCCGACUGGGCGGACGCGCUGGGCUGGAUGCUGGCCUUGGCCUCGAUGAUCCAGAUUCCGUUCUGGGCGGUAGUGCAGGUCGCCAGGCAGAAGGGCACCCUCAAGGAGAAACUGCUGCAAUCUCUUGUUCCAAACGACGAUUGGGGUCCUUCUGACCUCUCGCUGACGGCUGAGUACCGGGCCCAUCUGAAGAACAACAGCCCAACGACGAUCCCGUUGCAUUCCGUAGUCCACCAUAACGACAACGCACCCCCCACGCAGCCCAAGGAGCCACCCUCCGAGACAGCCAAACUCGCCGACGCCCAGGCCUGCCAGGCCUAGAGGCCUAGAGGCUGACCUAGGCCCAAGGGUGUGAGGUGGACCUUGGCACUGCAACAGCACUGCCAGCGCGGUGAGGGGUCAGGCCUGUCCGCUUCAUUUUCUUCUGGUUUUGUACAGAAAACAAUCAGACGUCGCACACGGUCCAGACCGCCACUACCAGACUGCAGGAUGGUGUCUGAAAGAGCAGCGCACACGGCUACCAGUGGUUUCUGCUGGACAGCGAGCACUGGGGCGGCGUAUUGUUGUUAAUUCAUUUCUACUUCAAGCGUGGUUCUUUAUUUGAAGGGUAAUGUAUACCGUGCCAGGAUUGAUGCAACAUUUAUUUUAUAGAACUUGCAUGUAUAUGUAAACAAAAAAGGUAGAGUUUUUAACGCCAUGUAUGUGUGAUAAUUGUGUUUGGAGAAAUCGUUAAGGGCUUAGAUGUAUUCACUUGACUCACGGAGUUUUGAUGAGCUGGUACUUUUUUUAAAAGCAGAUUUUUGCCAAAAAAAAUCUUUUGUCACAAGUGAUACAUAGUAGUACUUAUUUGUUUAUAUUGGUUAUCUCCGCAAGGAGAUUAAGUAGGCCUUUUUUGGCCAGAUAAUCUUUUGGUUGUUAUAUGGAGAUAUGGUAAUGAGUAAAUUAUUUGUUACAGAGUAUCUAGUCAAUGGACGCAGGGCGUAGUAUAUUGUAAUAACAUCUGUUGUCCGAUGAAAUACAACCUGAGAGCAGGUUUGACAGACAAAAGCUUGGGUAUUUUUGGUUUUGUUAAGUGGGACUCUUUGAGCGUCCGAACGAGGUGACUUUGACUUUAGAAGUGGUCAACAGCAAACUCAAUCGAUUGAUUUGGCAAUUUACAAUUGUCUCAUCGCGUCCACUUAAUUUUAAAAAACGCAAACGUGAAGACGCCGUGUCCUUUUUUACGAUGUCAUUUACCAGGGUGUUUAAAGCUACACCAAAGUUUUGUUUCAUUCCCAAGAUGUAUCUAUGUUUGUACUGAUGUAAAUAGACUAUAAUGUAUACCGCGAUUUGCCAUUGUCAAUGUCAUUGUCAGUUUCUGACUUUAAAAAAAUCAAUUUGUGAAUAGACGUUGCCGUAGGAAUUGUUUAUUAGAUAUAUGUGUUUUUCGUUAUUUUAUACCUCACGUGAUGCCUACGUGAGGGUGUUAUCUGUUAUUGAAUUAGCGCGACUGAAAUCGAAAGAGAAUAAGGGAUCAUAGGUAUUCCUAAAAAAGAAAAGAACGGAAUUUGUUUUGUGCUUAGUGAGACACGAUUAUUCCUUCAUGUUAUUUUAUCGCUGCCACACUUGUGCAAGAUUAACACAGAAGUAUACGGGGCAAUACCGUUGAACAUGUGUUAUUGUUCAGAGGGGGCUUAAGUUUGGUAAGAGAUGUAGUAAUACGCCUCCAGUUUUCAAUUUGUUUGACUCGAAGUUGUCAGAAUUGCUUUCAAGGAAGAAACAUUUUGUUGUCAUUUACGGAACGUAAGUUAAAGUCUCACUGCAGAUGUAGUGUGAUAAGGAUGAACAAGUGAUACAGGGUAAAUCUGUGCAAAACUUCGAAAUGGAAUACGCUUCAGUCUUGCAAAUUAAGAGGAGUCAUUUAAGCGUACGCAGGCUGAGUCCUAGAAUUUAAUUGCCAUAUUUGGGCGGGGCGUAGUAGUAUUUGAAUCAUCUCUUCGCAGAAGAAGGAAGCAAUCAGGCAGUGCCAAAAUUAAAUCUUUAGCUUUCUUUCCUUAUGCCCGACUUCUCUUGCUGCUUUCUGAACUAAUGGCUGUUCAUUGUCACUGUGAAGCCAAUGGAACGUCUACUGGACCUGAGAAGUUGUUGAGAUUAGGAAGCACGCCCAAGGGGUGCUUUUUACAAUUGAGGCUUGACGAAGUAUUUCAAAAUUUUAUCGUACGAAAUCACUCACUUAGUCGUAAAUCUAUUUCAUCGUGUUCCCCGGAAAAAGUUAUUAUUAUGGCGAGUGACCUAACCUGCAUUUGGCAAAAGCUUAAUAAUGUUUUUAAAAAGUAAGCAGUGUAUCUGAUGUACGAACCUUAUAGACUUCAUCAGGCAAGGCUGUUCACCAUAUGUAAUUUUAUCUAGGGCACGGUACAUGCGAACUUCCUCUGUGUAUUUCUCUCUUCAAAACGAGUAAUGUAAUGUGUAUUUCUACAAUCUCUUGUUUGUCUUUUAAUGCACAAAAUCUCUCUGUUACAAAGUUUUUGACUCCGUAUUUCCUAAUUGUUUGCCAUGUUUGUGACCAUGCAGUAUUUUUUUAACAAACCAGUAUGUUGAAACACUGAGCAUGUUAGCAUGUGAUUUUCAUCCAUAUUAAGCUUUGUGCCUGCAUUUAAAAAAACAAUUGGCUUUACGUUUUAACCGCUUCAACAGAUAUUUCGUAUUGAAGACAAUAUAAAACGCUUUCCUCGGAACAUUUACUUCGAGGUUUGCAAGGCCUACACGAGUGGAACUUCAGUGAUUUACGUAAACGUUAUAAAGAACUGAAAAUAUUUUUUAUACAUAAAGAGUUUUUCCCUUCCAUCGAAUGUACAUCGGAAGGUUCAAAGAUGAAAAUUGCUAUGGCCGAUAGCAAGAGGAGUAAUACUUUAUGGGACACUUUUUCAAGCAGCUCUAAAACUCGUCAACUCGUUCAAAUUUUUGGAAGAACUUUAAAAUGAAGGGCUUUUUUGAGCCCUUAUUAACUCAUUGAAAUAUUGCAUAUUGUCAUUUAAUUUAUUUGUGCGUCAGAAACAUUACAAAUUUAGCCUGGUUUCCAUAGAGAGAACCACCAGAUGUGAUGUGACGCAGAGGUCGUCAAUUUCAACUUAAACGUAGAAAAUAUAAAAAAGAAUUGUGCUGCUGAUUCCUUUAUACCUAAGUAAACCUGUAGUUGAUACUUAUCCAGAAAAUUACUUCCAGCUAGGACACCUACUUUUACUAUGAGCGUGUUACCACAUUGGAUUUGGUCUCACUUUGAAAUAGGUUCACGUGUGUCUUUGUGUUUUAUUUUGAUCGAGGGUGGUACCAACGGUAGUUGAUGUGUAAUUUGAGUGAAAAAUAUUAAUUAUAUAUAAAUGUUAGAUUUAGGGUGCAUGUGACAGCAAAACUGUACCAAUUUAUAGGAAAAAUUGAUAGGAACUGCAUUAUACUGUGUUACUCAAAGAAAGCAAUUGUUAUUUUUCAAGCAUAAAUAAUGUCUGUAUAAAUAUAUACGUGGAUGUGAUGUAAUUAUUUUUUAAAAAAGCAUCCAGAAUUAAGUUGAUAGAGUUGUGGCAAGAUUGCGCGUGCCCCACGUUUUACCAACUUGACAUUGGUCAUCGGUUGUGGACUAUUCUAUGAUUGUUGUAGUGUUGUACACAUAUUCCUGUGAUUUUUUAUUGUAGAAAGCUCAAAGUCACCUGUACAUUUGCAACCGUCUGCACUUCUUGCUUUCGGUGAUAGUUGGACAUGCAUGUUAGUACGCGGGAAGUUAAGCAAUCCAUAUAAACCAUCACAAGUCCAGAUGUUUGCGAGGUGUGAAAAGCGUCGCAAUUAGUACCUGUCAACGUAUUCAAUUUCUGUCAAUUUCAGUGACUGCCUUCCAGUGGCAGCAAAAAAUGAUGCAGGAGCAAAAUAGAACAGUCGCUGACCCGCGGGGUGGGGUCACUGAGGGUAGGUGUAACUUAUGCCGUCUUCCUGUGUACAAUUGUUUGAACUGUGGGUUUGUGGAAGGCAAUAAUUUCAGUGUACCUCAUGCACACCCAGAGUCCGCACUCACUGCCAAACGACUAGUUGUCAAGCUACGCUACAAAGCUACAAAGACAAUUGUGGUGCCUUAAUGACCUUAAACAGAAGGAAUUCGACGGAUAUGACAUUACUCUUUGUGGCACACUAUCGAUACCAAGAUGCCACCUGUAGUUGUGAAGUUACUUCUAUUUGUUUCUGGUUAAGGCGUCUCUCUUGAGCGUGGAAGUGGUCUGCCCGUUCAAACCUGUGUGAUUGUUUACGAUUGUACUUACGUGAACUGCUCGAUUGGAAUGAGUAGCUGGUAGCAUCUCCUCGCAGUACUGUAUAGCAAUAAUUGGAGAUGAAAGCAACCAACACUGUACACGGGAAAAAAUAAAUAAAUCCAAAACUCCA